AUGAAUUCUUCGUAUACCCAAAGAAAUAUUCGAGUUCCAAAAAAGUCUCCAUAUCCAAAUGAACCAGAUCGACAAUUCAAUUAUUACCUUUUUAUUUCAGUAACAAACUUCUGUGAUGUUAAACUCCAAAUAAGUGUAGACUCUGCUAAUGGAAAAAUCUUUCGACCAUUUCUUACUAUUGAUCAGAAAUAUGCUGAUGACUUAUUUGCACACAUUGGAGUACCUUUAUCUGUUUAUUUUCCCAUGCAAAAUGAAGGCUUUUUUGGAUACCCUGCUUGUAUUGGAAAUGAUGUGUAUAAGACUUUAUUUGUUGAAGUUGAAUUUACGGGGAAUUAUUCCUUGUUGUUUGAUGGACGAAAAAAUAACAGAAUGCAGUUCUUCCAACAGAUCUUAAUAGAGAAAGAUGAUCAAGGCAUUGAACGGGCGACAUGCGUUGAUGUUUGGGUGGGUGAGAGGUUUGGUGCUUUAGCUGAAAAACAAAAAGAAGGUAUUUUAGUGAGAGUUGAAGGGCAAUCUGGAGAACAUAAAACAUUUUCAUUCUUUUCAAAAGAUCAAGACUAUGACAUAGAAAUUGAUUUAUCAGCAAUUUGUCCUGAUGACUGUGGUUCGUAUGAAAACAGAGGAAGAUGUUUACCAAGUGAAAGAAGAUGUGUUUGCAAUCCAAGUUAUGGUGGAGAUGAUUGUCACAAAGUGUGUUACUAUGACAGAAAGUGGCUCGUAGACAAUACGAACUUGUGUUAUUUUGGGGCUCCUGGAUGUGAUCAAUAUUGCCACUGUAAUGAAGGUUAUAUUGAAAAAAAUCACUAUUGUAUCACACCACAAUGUCUUGCUGGUAAACCAGGACCCAAAGAUGAAUGCAUUGCAGGGACCGAAGCGUGUCUUGAAAAUUGUCAAUGUCUGGUGAAAGGGGGGUUUGUUCCCACAUAUGAAAAGUUGUGCAAAUCCAAAUUAUGUGGAAAUAGUAGAAUUGAUGAUUUAUACGAUUCGAGUAAUGUCUUUAUGAGACGAGAAGAGUGUGAUAAUGGUACAAAUUGUAACAAAUAUUGUCGAUGUCUUACUGGAUAUAUUACUGAUCCAAAAGAUCCCAAAUCUUGUAUAAAGAAGGAAAUUGGCAUUGGUGUCAUAGUUAGUAUAGUAGUUGGCGCGGUUGUAGUUUUUAUUGUUAUUCUUGCUAUUUUAAUCUUUGUAUUAACAUUCUUAUUAAGAUACGAGAAAAUAGAUAUCAACAUUUUUAAACAACAACAACCUACAUAUCAUUUAUACAUCUCUGGAUCUAUCCGUGCUUCGCCAGGGAAAAGUUCAAAAUAUAAGAUGGACCCAAUUGACUUGGAUUUUGGUAAUGAAACUAAAGCUACAGAAAUACAAGAUACAAGAUUCCAACAGAUAGAAGUACACAAUUUUAGUAAGAAACACAUGAUGAUCAUCUUUCACACUACAAAUUCAAAGAAGUUUAUAUUCCAUUUUGAACCACAGGUGUUACAUUUAACUCCACAUUCGAAAGUUAAAAUAGUUACUGUUUAUAUGACAAUCUUUUGUACAACAAAAAUUCGAGAUAUGAAAUUGCCAUAUACUGUGUGGACUUCUUCAUCGAAAUACACAUUGAAUGAUAUUGCAAUGACUUUAAAAGACAAAUCAUUUGAAAAUUGGACCAAUGACGAUGAAAAGAAAAUGACAAAUUUACUGAAAGGGGUGAAAAUGCACAUGCAUUACAAUUUAAUGAUUAAAACAGACUCCGCAUCAUCGACUCAUAUCGACUUGGAUGAACUUAAUAUGUCCGAAAACCCAAUUGCAGAAGGUGCAAUGGGUAAAGUAUAUAUAGGGAGUUACCGGAGUGUCCCAGUUGCAAUAAAACAGUUUAGGUGGGAAAAUUUGAAUGAAGAAGAAAUGCUCUAUUUGAAGAAGAAUGUGAUCCAAGAAUGUGAGAUGAUGAGUAAACUUCGUAAUCCGUUCAUUGCGAAUUACAUGGGUUCUGUCACAUACAUUCCACAAGUCUCAAUGGUCAUUCAAUUCUUUGUCUUAGGUUCUCUCGCUGAAUAUUUAAGAAGUGAAAAGGAUUUUUAUGUUGAAUUUCCAUAUAAAUUGAAAGUGAGGAUGUUGUUUGAUACUUCACGUGGAAUGCAAUUUUUACAUGAAAAUCGGAUUAUGCACUUGGAUUUAAAGCCAGACAAUUUACUGGUCAAUUCAUUGGAUCCCAACAGUGCUUGUUCUAUCAAAAUCACAGACUUUGGUACAUCUAGAUUUACAAAGAAGUCCAUAAAAAGCGGUGAAGAUAAAGGAUUGGGAACACCAAUAUAUGCCGCACCAGAAUCGUUCAAAGAUGAAUACACUUUUGCGGGAGAUGUCUACUCUUUUGCAAUAACAGCUUGGGAGAUAUUCUAUCAAAAAGAACCUUAUAAGGAAUUCAUGUCUAUUUUCGAAAUCAAAAACCACGUCAUCGCAGGAAGAAGACUUAAAAUAGAUGAAAAAAUGCCACGGUUGUACCGAGAAAUAAUAAACAGUUGCUGGCAACAUGACCCAACAAAAAGACCAGGGUUCGAUCAAAUCACUAAAAUGGUGAUUGUCACAGAUGAGGAUUGUUGUAACCACUGUGAGUUAGAUAACAACAACACGUUUAUUGAAAAGACGGAGGGACUCAUCAACAAGAGGAUGAGUAAGAUGCGCGAACUACUUGAUGAAGAAGAUAAGUAA